CAGUUGAAUUUUGUGACUAUAUGCCCCACACUUUCUUAGUGGUCCGCGCUGGCAUUGAAGUGAAUGUGCCAAAACCCUAACCUUCUCUCUCUCUAUAUAUUUCUCCUCUCGCAACCGACCCCUAAAGUUCCAAUCUCUUUUCAACUGUUUUGCAUUUAUUUCUCUGUUAGACAAAUCAGCUGCCUUCUCUUCUUACCUAGCUGAGAGGAUCAGAGCUUGGUUCUGGAUUUCAAGGCAAGUUUUUUUAAAAGUUUUGCAAUGGACUCCCCACAAUCUGUUGUUUCACCAUUCAAGACUGGUGAACCCGAGACUGAGAUCACAACUUCUGUGCAGAGGCAGCAGAGCUCUGGAAACCAAUCAAACAACAUCAAAUCCAAUGGAAAAGAUUCCAUCAGCUGUGGCCAACAACAAGACCCUGUUGGUGGUACUCUUGAGGUUUAUGUGCAUCAGGCAAGAGACAUCCAAAACAUUUGCAUAUACCACAAGCAAGACGUGUACGCCAAGCUUUGCCUCACAAGCCAUCCUGAAAACUCUGUCUCCACCAAAACCAUCAACGGUGGUGGGAGGAAUCCUGUUUUCGACGACAAAGUCAAGCUUGACGUCAGGGCUUUGGACGCUUCCCUCAAGUGUGAGAUUUACAUGAUGAGCAGGGUGAAGAACUAUCUCGAAGACCAGCUUCUUGGUUUUGCUUUGGUUCCUUUGUCUGAGCUGCUCUUCAAGAAUGGGAAACUUGAGAAAGAGUUCUCUCUUUCUUCCACUGAUCUGUACCAUUCACCAGCUGGUUUUGUUCAGCUGUCUCUCUCCUACAAUGGGUCCUACCCUGAAGUGAUGGCUUUUCCCUCUAUGGCUUCUUCUGUUUCUGUUGAUGAAGCUAUCAAGAAUCAAGAAGGGUCUGAAUCAGUUCCGGAUGAGUUGGAGAAGAUAGAGUUUCCUGAUCCUAAUGUUGCAAAUGAAAACGAGAAGAUGGUUUCUGAGUACAUUGAGAUGUCCUGUUCCACUAUAGAGUCUGAAACUUCUGAUAUUGAGAAGCAUGUAACCAGUUCUGUCACUUCUGUAAUGAAGCAAGAUUCACCUGAGAGCAGCAGCAAUGCAGCAAAUGGAGCUGCUUCUCCUCACGCUUCAGCUCACUCCGCCACAGAAACACCAAACCGUGAUCAUCUCUCUCUGGUGAACUCCAAAGCGGAUUCUCAGGAGUCAGAGAGUGAGGCUUCAGCUGAGACAUCAACCGAGGAGAAGACUGUUGUGAAACCUAUCAUCAGUGUGAGGAGGGUUGAGACAGAGUCAAAGGUGGUGCAGCAGGAUAUAGUCGACAUGUACAUGAAAAGCAUGCAACAGUUUACUGAUUCACUUGCUAAGAUGAAGCUUCCUCUGGACAUUGAUAGCCCAACAGUGUCCGAGGAUUCAAGCUCUGGUGAUUCUCAGAAGCUGCCAACACCAAAGAGCAGCAACAAAGGAUCUCGUGUGUUCUAUGGGAGCAGAGCUUUCUUCUGAGCAUCUGUUUUUACCAAGUUCACUCCUAGACUUUUUCUAAUGAAGAAAGACUAAUCUCCUAAUAAUGUAAUUUGAUAAUGUACUACUACUAUUUGAUGUUGUAUCUUCUAUUAGGUCUGCUUGAUGCUUU